GGGAGUAUCUGAGACGGACUUGACUCCAUUUGUAAUGAACAAUCUGAUGAGUGGGGUUCAGAUUAGGGUUGGCGCUGAGUCUGUGAGGAUAAUAAGGGAAGGACUGGAAUAAAUGAGGAAAAAAUAUAGCUGCUUGGAGAGGGUAUCAGCCUCACUGUAGCCGACAGCUUUGAAGGGAGGGAGCGGAGCUGACGAGUCUCCAGUCUCUCUCUCUCUCUCUCUGUCUGUCUCUGUCUGUCUCUCUCUCUCUCUCUCUGGACUUAAAACAGGGAAACAGCAGCAACCCGAUGAUAUUUCACCGUUGUACAGGCGGCGUGUUGGAUUUUAUAAAGUCGACCGUGGAGCAUUUGGAUUUUUAUUUUGUUGUCAUUUUUUAGUAAACAGCGAGCUCGACCACCCGACAGUGAGUGCGCGCACGCAGCGGGAGGAUGACCGUGCUUUCUGCUGGGAGAACGGAGCAGCGGAUUUGAGUGCGACAUGGCAAACGGCGGGGAUCCUUUCGGCCUUCCAGAGCGCCCGGACACGGACUGCAUGGAUUCUCCAAAAGAGACCAAACAGGAAAAUCACACGCACGCCUUAAACUCGCCCAUUUCCCCGCAGACUGCGUCUAACCAGCAGGGGAUGGAAGGAAUCAAAGUAUUUCUCCAUGAAAGGGAACUCUGGACAAAGUUUGAUGAAGUUGGAACUGAAAUGAUUAUCACCAAGGCUGGAAGGAGGAUGUUUCCCAGUUACAAAGUGAAGGUCACAGGACUCAACGCUAAAACCAAGUACAUACUCCUCAUGGACAUUGUUCCUGGAGACGACCACCGCUACAAAUUUGCAGACAAUAAAUGGUCGAUCACAGGAAAGGCAGAGCCGGCGAUGCCUGGGAGGCUCUACGUCCAUCCAGACUCCCCUGCCACGGGGGCGCACUGGAGCCGCCAGCUUGUUUCUUUCCAGAAGCUCAAACUCACCAACAACCACCUGGAUCCCUUCGGACAUAUAAUAUUGAACUCCAUGCACAAAUACCAACCUCGCCUCCAUAUUGUCAAGGCAGACGAGAACAACGGGUUCGGCUCGAAAAACACCGCUUUCUGCACCCAUGUCUUCUCAGAGACUGCCUUCAUCGCCGUGACGUCCUACCAGAACCACAAGAUUACGCAGUUGAAGAUAGAGAAUAAUCCGUUUGCCAAGGGCUUCAGAGGCAGCGACGACAUGGAGCUGCACCGCAUGGCCAAGCUACAAGGUAAGGACUACCCCGUGGUCCCUCGCACCACCGUCCGGCAGAGAGUGUGCUCCAGCGGGAGUCCCUUCAGUGGGGAGGGCCGGGGUGUGCGGGGCUCCCCAGAAGCCGUGGGGUCCCCCUACGCCUGUGAGAACGGCCUGAGCAGCAGCAGCCCCCAGGAGCUGCUGAGCCCUCCGCCGGCCGCCUACGCCCUUCCUCAUCCUCACCUUCAGCACAGCCAGCAGCCGCAGCUUUAUCACUGCACCAAGAGGAAAGUGGAGGAGAACUGCCCUUCAGGUGACCGCCAGCACCAGUACAAGAAAGCCUUCACUGGUACUUCACCAAGUGAGGGCGACUCUUACUAUCACCCCUCCUCCUACCCUCCUCCCCCUCCGCCUGGUCUGCCCACCAACCCUCCCCUGGGUCUUACCGAUUCCCCCUACAGCGCAGACAUGGGACAGCGCCAGGCAUGCAUGUUUGCCACCUCCGAGCCCAGGCUAGAUGAUCUCAGCUGUACAUCCUGGUCGUACACCUGCCCUCUGCCCCCCGCCAUGACACCUGUGGAGCCCUACCCACCUUACACCCAGCAUCCCCCCUACAGCUCCAGCCCUCAGGGCUCUCGGCUCAGCGCCAUAGCCCACCAGAGCUCACCGCCGCUGGGGGAGCCCAUCCUUCACGACCCCUACCAGAGCCAGAGCUCUGGGCCGCCACGUCAGAGCUCCCAAAACAUCCACAGCAGGCAGCUCAGCCCCCCGCUCAGAGAGUAUCCCCGCUACACCCCCAACCUCUCCCCAUCUCUCUACCACACACUCGAGUCUCACACACACAUCAGGGGUGGGGUCCCUGAGUGGAGCGCAGCCUCCUAAUCGGACAGGAGAGUUCAGAUCCAAAACUGAUUGGUGGAUGGAGAUUCUAUGACCCUUCUUUCUGCUCUUCUGAAAGAUGCUGCACCAUAUAGGGAUAAAUAUAGUAUAUUACCUUUGUAACAUAAUUGUGAAAAGUGUGAUCUCGUGCUGUGUGAAGAGAUUUGUUCUGCUUGUCAUGUUUCUCCCCCGUGUCGGAUGGAGCUGUGGAUUCUUAAAGACUGACGGACACUCAAGCAUCAGCUCCAGAAGGUCAAGACAUGAGCCCAGAGGUGCAUGGUUGGCUGGAAAGUGAUCUGUUCAAAGCAGCACAAUGAACAUCAGAGCUGUACUUUGUCAUGUUUCCCUUCCCCAAAGACCGGUGUCGUCCAAAUGUUUGCACUGUGAGCCCUGCCAGGCCAGACUAUGAACAGUCCUGGGCCGUUUUCCUGUCUCAGUGACUCCCAGUCUCUGCAUUUUGAUGGAUGUAAAUUGUGACCCACCAUCAGACAGGCAGUAACAUUUACUGACCAAAAUAAUCUCAGCUUUCACAGUAGAGCCUGAGGGAGAUUUUUUCUCUUUAGCGGAGCAAAGCACAGCUCCUUGCUCAGUCUCAUUGAAGGAGAAAGGCAUGAGUUGUCUGUGUGUGUGCGUAUGCGUGUGUGUGUGUGUGUGUGUGUGUGUGUGUGUGUGUGUGUGUGUGUGUGUGUGUGUGUGCGUGCGUGCGUGUGUGUGUGUGUUUGUGUAUGUAUAGCCUUUGUCAGCUCAGCUCAAGACUGCUAUGAGUUAAUUCCCAGUGAGGCAGGCAGUAGUAGCUGCAGGCGCUGUACCAUGGAGAUAAACAGUUUGUUUAGACCACGCUACAGGCUGAGGGACCUGUAAACACUAUUUCUGUUGCAUUCUGGGUAGCUGCACAACUCAGUGUCGCACAGCUGUCACUGCUGUCCUCUCUGUCACCCUGGACUGACCAAUCAACAUUCUCCUUUCAGUGAGAGCUGACCAAUCAGCCCACCCGUCUCAUUCGCCCCUUGCUGACAACUAGUCAGAGCUGGAAACUCAGCAUCGUAGCGUUUUUUGAGCAAGAGUCAAUUUUUGUUUCCUGAUGAAUUAUUCAUGAGCCCGGUGUUGAUCCUUGACAUGAGAGGACUCGUCUGAAAAAAACAAAGAAUCAAAUCGCUGUGGAUGUGAUAAUAUUGAUGCGCCGACUGGUUUUAACUUGUUGGCCUCUUACUUUAAAUCGAGUCAGCCCCGCUGUUAUUUAUUUUGACAAGAUGGGGGUGAAAACUUAGGAAUACUUAAAGAAAUUAUUUUUACUACAUUUCUUUGAAAUCUGUAACUUCUGCAGGGUAAGUAACAGACUUGAGUAGCCUUUCCUUUCACCACCUGGCUCAAUCUAAAGAAAAGUUUCUGGUUCCAACUGUGCAAAACAGACAUAUUUUUUAAAUUGUUUUGUAAUUAAGCUGUUUUCUUCUGUUUUUGGCCAGGUGUUCUAUAUGCAGUAUGAGAGAAGGUGCUCUAACAGUCAGCCAUUACAGACUAUCAGUAUGCAGAGAGUAGAAUCCUUCCUCAUCAUUCCUUGAUUUGUGUGUGUGUGUUUGCGCGCGUGUGUGCAUGUGUGUGUGUAACAGUGAGAUCUACAGAGCCGUCUUGUUUUGGGAAACGUCUGUGUUUUAUAGUAUUGUUCCUGCUAAUAGUAUUUAUUACUCUAGAUUUGUAAAGGUUAGUUUGUUGUAAAAUUGUGAAACAAGACAGUAUUGUUUGAGGUUAUUUGUUUCUCACUGAAGUUUUGUUUCCGAUUUCACCCUCAAUUUCCAAGUGGUGAUGAAUAAAUAGUUGUGAUAAACAAAACAAAAAUUCCUGUUCUAUGGAAAUAAUAACAGAUUUAUAUACAGAAAUGAAAUAAAUUUGAGAGAAUUUUGAGUAAGUCA